UCUAUGCGUUUGCGUCCGUGCGGUUCACGUGCGCAUUAUUUUGGUUUUGGCCUGUCCCGUCCCGUGUGUCAGCACCGUCGCCACCGCCGUCAUCGUCGUCGUCGUCGUCACCGCCAGCACCCUUGACCGUACUGUCGCUGUCGUCAUUGCAGUUCGCAGGACUUCCAGUGCAAUUAUGACAGUGACAUAGGUACAUCGUACAGUGUUCACAAUACAGUGAGUGAUUAAAAGUGAGUUCCAAACCAAGUUCCGGUUGCGCGCGUGAAGUUCAUCACCCAACACAACAUUAUCAACACGCGCCAACUAUUACACGCAAGUGAUAGUAUUACAUCGUUUUACGCAAAAAAAAAUAAAAAUAAAAAAGAAGUGCAUUUCUUUAACGGAAGAACCGUUCCAAAGUGAGCUCCAAAGUAGGAGCAAGAAGUGUCUGAAGUGCUAGCUGCCUGUGUGCAAAUCGUCGCAGCAUUCGUCGAAAAGUGUUACGAGUACAGCAACGCCGAUCAUCUGUGUGGUCCUGCAGCACGCGUCUUUCCCUCCCCCACCCCUCUUCACCGUGACCUUUCCGUCUGUAAAUACUGCACAUUCUGCCGUAUGAUUUGGAAAUUCCUCAAAAGAACGUUUAGUUUCAGUUUUGUUCGGCUGACAGCCUGAAACUUCUUCUAUCACCACUACCUCCUGUUCUAUGCGUCCUUGUUGGCCUUCUUCCUUCUUAUGACCGAAUUUAAGUGGGCUUUCAUUGUAAUUGGAUCUGUACAGAACACGAUUUUAAACCAUUCACCCCAAAGCCAAAGGAGGUGAACAUCGAUAGAGAAAAAAACAAACAAACACUCCACCAUCUAUGCAAAUACUCUCUUCCAAAUCUUCUAUCAUCGAACUAUCGUAAACGAUUUGCUUUGCCCCGACCGUGAAAACCCCUCGAGCCGUCGGCUGUUCCAAAACAAAAAAAAAGCUCCCGAAAAAUGUACGACAUCGCCUAGUGUAAGACAUCGUAGAGCAGUGAGUGUGAUUAAAUACUUUUACCCCAGUCGAAAGUACGCGCAGUACAGAUCACGCACGCCAAACCUUUGAACCGUUCCGCUGACGAUGGAUCGUAACCGUACUACACGGAUGCCGAGGGCGAUAUCCUUCCACCGCUGGAGUUUAACUGCUUGACUGAAGGGUGACGUAUCAACGUCGGCUCGAGCUACGAGACAAAAUAAAACGCGUCCUCAGCGUAGGAAGGCCGAGACCAUGCACGAACAGCUUCGGAUGCGAACGGAGAAUCUUCAACGGAGCAUAUUUUACGGGCGCACGUACGUUGCCUAGCGCAUAGCAUAGUGCACCAGGGUACCCUAGUGGGGUACCUAGUCUUCAUCACAGGCAGCAAGCCCCUAGCCUCGCCAAACCACACGCUACAAGAGCGACGUCACUUUUGAUUCAAUCUAACAACAACUACUUCCAAACCCAUCAACCAGUUCGGAAGCGAUCGCACGGAUAUUCACGGAGAAUCGCCAACGCGAGAGGCGUCGCAUGCGACAACGCCUGCACCUAACGCCAGCCCCAUGCACAUCGAGAGCAUGGUCAACUGCAAGAUGAGCUCGCAGAACGAUUCGGUCGAGGUGGAAAGUCUACUGAUGAGCCCCUGCUGGAACCAGUCCACCAGCGUCACCGAUCAGUACCUGCUAGACGGCCACAAGCUACUGCUCGAGGCCGAACUCGACUCACUGCCGAGCGAUGGCGAAACGCAAAAGAGUUCGAUGGAUGUCCUAGAGAACCUGCUGCUCAACUCGGCCGCUUCCAUCGCGAGCAACGGUGCAAACGGCCACGGACACUCGAACGGUCACAUAGGAGGAGGAGGUGGUGGUGGUGGUGGUGGCGGAGGAGGAGGAGGAGGAGGUCUCGGGAAUGGUGAUGUGAAGCCGCUGCCUUCGUUUACCUCCUUCAACACUGGUCACCUCUCGAUCAAUGGUAUCUCGGGCUACCAUUAUACGGCGAUCGCUCAACGCUUGCCGGAGGAGAACAACAACUACACCCAGAACUCGUACACGAGUGCAGCUACCAGCGGGUCCAGCCAUCUGGGAGGUAACAGUGGGACCACGAAUGGCAACGGAAACGGUACCGGAAAUGGAACCAGUGUCGGUUCGACCGGUAGCGACAACAACAUCGUUUCGUCCACAUCAACCUGCCUGCCCGACUCGGUACUGAAUCCGGACGGUUCAAGUGCGGACAAUGGUGGCGCGGCGUGCAGUUUGGCGGACGUGAAGCUCUUCUCCGAUGGGUCGCUUGACGGUACCAAAAUCUACAGUGCACCUGCCGACAGCUGUGUCAUGAACGGGGCCGAUUCGGUGUCCGGUGCGCGGAUAUUCGUCGACACGAAGGAGCUGUCCGAGUACGACAUGAGCUCGAUCGAGGACAUUGCGGCGAUCAUCGGUUCUGCGAUCGCUGACACGACCGUGCCAAGCAGUAAGGUCGAGAAGGAGGAUGGCAAUGAUACGCGCGACUCCUGGAUGGAUCUAGACGCGUGGAUCGAGGGCACCUGUACCGGUGUGCCGGACGGUGGUAAGCUAAUCGUGACGCAGCAGGACUCGCUCAGCGAACUCAUACUGCCGAGCUCCCCUGUACAUACCUCCUCCGGUACCAGCUCCACCCUGCAGAGUCUGCUGACGCACGGGUACAUGCCUCUGCUACAGAACCGACUACAGCACGGACCGCCGAUCAAACUGGAAGCGCCCAGCUCAACCUCGUACUGCGGCGAGCUGAUAUCCACCUCUACUAGUCCACCCGGCUCGGUCGUCUCGACCUCCACCGACAAUCUCAUACUCAACGGCAGGUACCUGCAGGGACAUCACCACCAUCAAAACGGACAUCACUUCGGGCUCGGGUCCAUGGGUUCGCUCACCAAACCGGACGGUCUCUGCAGUCCCGAGCUCGGCCUGAGCAACUAUCCCCACACGACCACUACCACCUCGACGUCCUCCUCGAGCGCUAGCAACUCCCCGACGACACCAAAAAGCAAACGGCGCAACCACAAACAGCAGUCGAAGCAACCGGGAACGCUCGUACCGACGCCUAACGGUGGCCUCUCUGCCCAGCAACACCAGCAACAACAACAACAACAACAACAACAACAACAGCACCAUCAACAGCAGCAACAGCAACAGCACCAUCAACAGCAGCAGCAACACCAGCAACAGCAACAACACCACCAACAGCAGCAGCAACAACAGCAGCAGCAUCAGCAGCAGCAUCAGCUUAACGCUCAGUCGCAGCAGGCCGCAGCACUUAGCUUCCAGGCGGCGAACGAUCUCAGCGGGCUUCUCGGCAAGGAGAAACCGGUCCACCGGUGCAACAUCUGCAACCGGGGUUUCCUUAACAAAAGCAACAUUAAGGUCCACCUCCGGACGCACACGGGCGAGAAGCCUUUCCGCUGUGAGGUCUGCGCCAAAGCCUUCCGCCAGAAGGCACACCUGAUCAAGCACCAGCAGAUCCACAAACGGAUUGGGCGCGAUUGACCAUCAGAGACGGUGCCGUCGAGGAGUUCGUCCGGUUCGCGCAAAGGCAAACGAACGUCGGACGAUUCCGAGUACAGCACCGUCACCGACGAGUAUCAUCCCAACGGCGACCGGCACAACAUUGCAUCCGACCUGGACCUAGAGGAGCUGGACCUCGACAUGGAGCUGGAGCAGGAUCAAUCGAAUCAGCGGUACCAUCGAACCUACGUACCGUUCGUAUGAGCUGCGUGGCUCGCAUUGAUCGUGUUCAGGCGGAAGGAGUCUGCGUACUCUCAAGCACCCGGGUUGGGCAGCACUGUGCAGCCAAUGUCAAAGAAACAAAACACGUUAACACUCGUACCUCAGGAGAUUAGUGAUGUAGUUGCUGGGAGGAAGAUUCUGCAAUCCAUUCUGCUUUUCAGCUGAAUGUGGGCCCCACCCUGCCACAAGGACGGCCCGGUUCCGGUGUGUACAUAUAGAACGGAUGGUGUUACACCGAUGCAACGGAAGCACUCGUAACACUCAAACAAAACAUAUUUAUUUCCUUCCGGCAUUGAUUCCCGGCGUUUACACCUAUCACUAUUGGCAACACGUUGCUGUCAAAGCUUUUUUUGAGAGUGACCGCUGUUGAUCCGUGUGCGGGAAGAGCAGAAUAGAGUUAGGGCUGUUGGUGGAUGUAAUUUAUAUCUAUAACAAAUGUACGAUGUAACGCUAAGCUAGAUAUUUAUUCUUUAACUCCAACAUCAGCUGUUGGUCUUUUAGGGCUUGCUGCAGAUCAACCUUUCUAGAAGGUAAGCGAUAGUAACGGUUAGGGCAUCGUCUUUCAUGCACGAAGAAACCAUACUUCUAACAGUUUACUGUCACGAUAUGCAGAUGGACAGACUGGGGACGGUGUGACAGUGCGAAACGGGAACUAAAGAUUUGUUAUUGUUACUGGUUUUAUAAAUGUUUGUUUGUAUUUUUUAAUUCCCGUUCGCUGUCACAUCUGUACUCUUCUUCCAUUUGUUCAACUUAUAUUAGUAUCGUCCAUUAGAGUUUCUCGUGCAAAACGUUCAUUCCAAAAAUGCUCCUCCCUCUAACGAAAAAGGAAAGAAUUCCAAUUGCAUAGGUACGAUGUAAGUUUCUACCACUCUUAGUUCGCGUUAGUUCUAGUUCACAAAACUGUGCGACGCCUUCAGUACCUUCGCUUAGUAAUAAUUGUAAUAAACGCAAACACUUAAUACGGACGCAACAAAACUCUGUCUUCCUUAUAGUUAAUUGAUACAAAACACCAAUCUGUACAGGUUCGGUUCGGUUCGGAAGCGAGAACAAGCUGUGGUGUACAUAGGAUUGCACCCGAACGUGGAACGCUGCGUGGAGGUAAACAGUAUCGAUAGGUGUGCAUUGUAAAGCUAGCGUGCUAGAGAAAAACGCGACAAAGCCGGAACGGUACGGUCUAUUGAUAGAACAAUAUAAAAAAAAACACGCAACAUCAGCUUUUCGAAGUCAACGAUUCUUCGGGCGCCAUAAACUUCACUUAACCGUCUACGUUACGAUUCGACGUUCGGCUGUCAGAUAAAGAUUAGCGCAAAAAAAACUACACGUGUAGGGUACAGUAGAGCUAACAAACUGGGAUGUGGGAAAUUAAAAUACGAUCGGUUAACUAUUCAUACACUAGCAGUAAGCGUCUGAGUGAGUGUAUGUAUAGGUGUAUGAGAGUAUGAACGGGGCAGGCAAGCGACAAAUGAUGCGACGGUAGGCAGGCGGAAAAGGCCGACAGGAGAAGAAAUAAAAACAUGUGCAAUUUUUAACUUUAAUCAUAUCCACUUCUUAAGUAGGUGUGCGAAUACGUUACGUUAAUUUUCUUAUAACGUUCUUCUUUCUUUACUUUCCGCUGUGUGUGUCUGUCUGUUUGCUGGCAGCUGCACUUUUUCCACCUAGAGCGACCUAGAGCGAUUCUUGCACUCGAGUGUAGCAAACGAAUGUUAGACAGUCAUUGUGACACUUGCUGCUACGUAUAGCUUAACCCUUAACCUGUGAGAUAGACACUUACAUCCUUUUCGACCUCUCUUCAGCUCCUGUUUCUUGUGUUACUCUUAGUUCGGUAGGGAUGUAUUGUAAAGAAAAAAUCGACACAUAUUACAACACGCACACAAUCACGUACACACAAGCCUGCAAAGCUACAAGCUUGAGACAAGCGCCGGCGUAGGAUGUAAAGCAGUGUAAAGCAGUUUCCCGCGGUAGGCGAUAGCGUUAAUAGGAAAAGUUGUGUUAGCCUGGUAAGCGAUCUUUCCGACAGUCUCCAAAGCGGAACGGACUCAUCUAUAUAAAUGUAUUAAUAUGGACACGCAUAAAGAAGAAAUAAAAUCAAUCUUACCUACAGUUAGGAGAUGCAUGCAAGUUUUGAA